GCAGCGUCGCGCCGGCUAGUCCUCCUGAGGAGGCCGCCGCCUGUAAGCGCCAUGGCUGUUGCCUUGCCGGCGGUCACGUUGCCGGCUGUGGUGGAGGAACUUCUAAGCGAGAUGGCCGCGGCAGUGCGGGAGAGCGCGCGAAAGGAUGCUGUGAGACCGCGCUCACCAGAAGCACCGAGCUGGUCUCAAGAUGUGUUCGCAGCGUACUAGUAUCAAGAGGAUACGUGUAAUCAAAAUGCACCGACUGCUUAGAACUACCCACCGGUGUAAAAGUGGCCGUUUAACAAAUAGCAGAUUAGGCCUCAAUACGGCCACUGCUUAUUCGCGUGGAUGGCUCUUGUGUUGAAACGACUGCACUUUGAAAGGGUUUAUCUUGACUUUUAGUGUUUUCAGAGGAUUGAGAAGAGUAAGCCAACUUGUUUUUUCGUUCCAGUUCAAACUAACACAGUAUACGUGCUUGGAAGAUUAGGCCAGCCAGGUGUUCAAACACGUUCUGACCCCAGCGAGGCUGGGGGAAAGCCAGUCUGAUGUGGCUCCCACAGUGAUUGACAGAAGCGGGCCCUGUCCGAGUGGAUUAAUCCGUACACCGUGACAGCCUUGAGGGGUGCCGCUGGUGCUCGUGGCUCAGACCGAGGGACUGCUGCCGUUGAUUGAUGUUUAUUUUCAGCAGAACCGCUUUCUGCUAUUUUAAAGUCUUGGUUGUAGAUAGUGAUACACUGUUCCUGACCCCCAUCCGUCGAUGGUAGUUUUUUUAGAUCAAGAUCCUGAGUUUACACUUGUAUGAGGAGGUAAAGUCUAGUUACAGCUGAGCCAUGUAGGAAGCUAUGAUUCACUUUUCCUUUCCUGCAUAACUUUUUGUUUUCCCUGGAAUUAAUAACUGUCGUGGUUGUGUGUGUUUGCUUGUUUAGUUUUCUACAUAUUUAUCCGUAAUUCAACCUCAAACUCUUUACCAGUGUUGUAGAUCCCUACUCAAGAUGUUCAAGUGAAUGUUUCAUCAAUUUCGUUUUCCUGUAGAAGUCUCUCCUAGAGCCUUCUGAGUUACUCUGAUGAUGGACCAGCUGCUCUCCCCGCUAUCUCCUGAGAUCUCUUCACCAUUAUUAUCCUGGGAAUUUCCUUUGCCUAUGUUGAGCCUUAUGUUGAGUAUAUCCUACAAUUUUCUUUUUAUGAGUUUACUAUCUUAUUUUAUAGAGCUCAUACUCUAGAACCUUCCUGAAGAAGAGGACAUGAGAUGUACUUUUAGAGGCUUUACAUGUUUGGAAAAGUUCUUUUUCUGUUCUCACACUUAAUUGAUAGUUUGGCUAGGUUUUGAAUCAUGUGUUGGAAAUAAUACUUCUUCAGCCAUCUGAAAGCAUUAUUCCAGUACCUUCUAGCUUCUUAAACUUAUUUUAAAAGAGUCUUUCUUAUUUUAGCCCCCCUGCUUCAUCCCUUGCUCCAGAGCUAUCUGGUGCCACCAGUUGCUGAGGGAUUUUUUUUUUUUUUUUUUGGGUGGGAGAGUGGAUUCUGGAAUGUAAUCAGGUUGUUGCUUAGCUCUCACCAUUGCUGGCUUAGGAUUCAAUUUUCUCAGGUCUUGUAAAUUAUUUUCCAGUGUAUCUUAGCUGUUGUGUCUCCCUGUCUUUCUCAUCCUUGGGAGUUUAGGCUUUUUAAAACAAAUCCCUCUACUGUUGUUUAGUGGAAUAUUGGGAAGGAGUAAAAUUAGGUGCACAGGCUCAAUUCACCAUCUUACACAAAAGUCUUUUUAGUUAUAGUCUUUUUAAGAUUUUUAUGUCUGUGGUCACUGGUUUAACAUGAUUAACUUUCUUUCCAUUUCCUGUUUUACAGUUCCUGAUGAACAUCUUUUAUCGCUAAAGUUUGUCUUUGGCUCAUCAGCCGUCCAAGCCUUGGACCUAGUUGAUCGGCAGUCCAUCACCUUAAUCUCAUCGCCCAGUGGGAGGCGUGUUUACCAGGUACUUGGAAGUUCUGGUAAAACAUACACAUGUUUGGCUUCUUGUCAUUAUUGUUCAUGUCCUGCAUUUACCUUCUCCGUGCUACGGAAGAGUGACAGCCUACUGUGCAAGCAUCUCUUGGCAGUUUAUCUUAGUCAGGUUAUGAGGACCUGUCAGCAACUAAGUGUCUCUGACAAGCAAUUGACUGACAUAUUGUUGACCGAGAAGAAAGAAGCAGCAUAGAAGGUACAGAUUGAGCAUCAUUAUCUUUCAAAAUAGAAGUCCCAGCAAGGAACACAUUUAACCUAUCGUGGUUCACAUGGAAGAGAGGUGAAACAGAUCUUCUAGACUUCUUGUUACUGUCCCUUUUCCCUCCUGGACUGCUGUGGGUUGGAACCCAGGAUGUAUACAUAGUUUGAAUCCUUGUACAAGUCUCCUCAUGAAAGAUCUGAACCAACCUCUAAGCCCCUUGGGUAAAAAAUUUCCUAGAUGGAAUCAAGCAUUUUAGACUCAAAGCCUAAUAUCAUGUCUUGUCCACAAUUAGUCAGACUGUUAAGUGACUAAGUACUACUAGUAAUUUUUAGGAGGUUGGAAUGGUAGAGAAAGCUGAGUAAGAUAAAGUUUAGAUGAAUAAGUGUUAGUUCUUUUUCUUGGGUCCAGAAAAUUAUUCCAUAGCAAAAAAGAUCAAAGCAGAGAUGUGGUUAAACAGCAGAGAGUAUAAAAAGACUUAGGGAUUCUGGUUUCAGUGAGCUUCAGAUAUCUGUUGGUGUUGGUGCCAACUUCAGAUAUCUGUGGUCGAGUAGGCUGUGUUGCUGAAAAGUUAAUAUCUAGAACAAAGGAAGUGCUGGUUUUGCUCUGCAUGCAUUUCUGAGCUUUAUAACAAGCCAAGUGAAGGAAGAGACUAAAAAGCAUGUCCUGAGGGAACCUAAGGAUACUACCAGGGAUUUCCAGUCUGAAGAAGAAAAGGCAAAGGGGUACCAAGAGGAGUGUUAGAAGGGAGAAAAAUGGGAGUUGUUUGGACCCCAAGAGGGAAGAAAGGAGCAAUCAUAGAUAAAAAUGAGACAGAUUUCAGCACGGACAAGAAUUUCUUAAUAGGUAAAGCUGAGGAUCCUAGAAGGACAGAAGUUCCCUGUCUCUGUAGGGGUUCAUAAAUCUGCAGUGUCCUUGCAGGGAUCUUACAGAAGGAAUUGAAGCAGUGAACAAACAGAGGAGAUGGAUGAUUUUUACAGCCUAGGAAACCCCAACCCUGUGCCCCUGAAACACGAGGUGCUGGUGAAUGAGCGUGAAAAGGCCGCAGAUGAUGCAGUGUUCUGUGGCUGGCAGAGCCUUUUGUUAUGUUGAGGUGGCAAAUAAAAUCUAUUAAAGGCUUUUCUACUACUUGGGAAA